CCACGGAAGCAGAAAGAGAGAGAGAGAGAGAGAGAGAGAGAGAGAGAGAGAGAGAGAGAGAGAGAGAGAGAGAGAGAGAGAGGUAUAUAAGAAGAGAUGUGUUAGGUGAGAGAGCAUCAGUCUUCGCUCUCACUCACUCACUGGGCCGCGUGCAGAUGGCGUCCCACAAGGCAAUGGUAGUGCUGGCGGUGGUGGCAGUGGCUGGAUUAAUCACCACAGCUGCCGCACGACCCCAGCAGACCAAACCAGGGCACGGGCCACCCCAUGGGCCACCCCGCGGACAAGCUCACGGGCCACCACACACGCACCCCCAGCUAGCUCUCGCGCCCGGCCCUAUCCCACAGCUGCCACCAGUUCACCCCGGCCAGGUCCCAGCGCAUGGACAGUCAGCCAACGCGUUCCUUCAGGGGUUCGCCGCGGGCCAGGGCGCUACAGUGGUACACCAGCCUCCCAGCAUUGAAAUUCUACCCAAUGGACAAAGGGUGGUGCAGCCAGUCAGCCUUGAAGUUGGGCUAGGUCAGGGGCCGCAGCCAAUCAGCUAUGAGAUUCUUCCAGACGGCAGGAGGGUAGUCGCUCCCAUCAGCAUUGAAUUGGGCGUACCUGGGGGGCAUGGCAGGUUUGCUGGGACCCCUGGAGCACCCGCAGGUCAGUUCCAGGGACCUGUUCAGGCUGCAGUGUACCCCGGGGCACCCCAGCCUAACUUCCAGCCCCAGUCCAAUUUCCAGCAAGUCUACCCAGGCGCCCCCGCUCAUGGCUUCCCCCAGACGCAGCAGGGGCACGGGGGAGCAGCGACCCCCUCUGGUACCGGAAAGAACGCGGGAACUGGAAAAGCUUCACCUUGAUCUAACAUAACUUGACUUUUUCUCUCUCUCUCUCUCUCUCUCUCUCUCUCUCUCUCUCUGCUAUCUAUUCCCGCUCCCCGCCACACACGCACGCACGCACGCACGCACGCACAUGGCAGUUCGUUUGUGUGUGUGUAGGUGUGUGUGUAUGUAUGUGUAUGUGUGUGUGUGUGUGUGUGUGUGUGUGUGUGUUCAUCUCACGGUUUUGUUUAGAUGUAUGUUUUUUUAUGGUUACAAUGUUAAAUAAAUAAUGAGACUAG